AUGGAUGGAAAGGUCCCCGAAGUCAGCACGGAGUCUGACAAGCAGCAGGAAAUCCGAGUCGAGAACGCACUGCGGCCUGAGCAUAUUGCAACGUCCAGGCACGACGCAGAGCGCGAGGCUGCUGAGACACGGCUGCGUCACAAGAUCGAUCGAUAUGUGGCUCCAAAUAUUGCCAUAAUUUACCUUCUCUGCUUUCUGGACCGCAUCAACAUCGGCAACGCGAGAAUCAGCACUCUUGAGGAGGAUCUCGACAUGCACGGCUACGACUACAACAAGCUUCUCGCCGUCUUCUAUGUAGCCUACAUCGUUGCGGAAAUGCCCUGCACGUUUGCUUGCAAGCUCAUCGGGCCCGGCUGGUUCUUGCCAGGCGCAACCGCCGCCUUCGGCCUGCUGACUCUGUGCAUGGCCUUUGUCCAGAGCCUGGGUGCAGCCUAUGCCGUCAGAUUCCUCCUCGGGAUCGCCGAGGCUGGAGUGUUGCCCGGCAUCGCCUACUAUCUUUCCCGCUGGUAUCGACGAAGCGAGCUCACCUUCCGCGUUGCCGUAUGCAUGGUCAUGGCCCCCCUCUCAGGAGCAUUCGGAGGGCUUCUCGCCUCUGGACUUCUUUCACUCGAGUCCGUCGGCAGCCUGAGAACGUGGAGAAUCAUCUUUCUUGUCGAGGGUAUCAUCACCUUUGGGUUGGGUGUCAUUGCCUUUUUCACGAUGACUGACAGCCCUCAGUCGGCGAAAUGGCUCACAGAAGAGGAGAGAGAGCUGGCCAUGACUCGCCUCAUGGUAGAGCGCCAGGGGACUAUUGAACUCGUCGACAAGUGGAACUUGAAAAAGCUGAAACUCGGUGUCCUCUCGCCCUCUACGCUGACCACGUUCUUCAACUUUCUGUUGAUUGGCGUCAUCGUUCAAAGCUUCAGCAUCUUCCUCCCUACCAUCGUCAGGACCAUUUAUCCCGAUGAGUCAAUCAUCACGCAACAGCUCCGUUCCGCGCCACCUUAUAUAUUGGGUGCUUUCUUCGCCAUAUCCUUGCCGUGGUUGAGCUCUCGAAUCGACCGGAGACAAAUCUUCCUCAUUGCAGGAUCUCCCUUUAUCAUUGCCGGCUACUCGAUGUUCCUGGGCACAGACUCGUCGCAGUCCGUGGUUCGCUAUGCCGGGACGUUCCUCAUUGCCAUGGGAUCCUUCAACCAGGGCACCUUCAACAACGCGCAAGCCGCCGCCAACUGCCGGUCGGAUUCGUCUCGCAACGUCGCCAUCGGACUGGCCAACCUCGGGUCCAAUGUCGGAGGCCUGGUCGCCACUUGGACGUAUCUUCCUUCGGGCGCACCCAACUUUCGUCUCGGUAACGGCAUCUGCGUUGGGUGUGGCUCCGGGAUUCUCCUUCUGUCCAUCGGCUUGUUGCUCUUUAUGAAAUGGGACAACGCGCGCAGGGAGCGCCGCGACGCCGCGGCCGAGCUGAGCGGCCUGUCAGAGCAGAGCAUUGACGAUCUUGAAUGGAAGCAUCCUGAAUUCCGGUGGAGGCCUUGA